GGGAUCUAUUCCUCAGCCAUGGCAGAACCUCCUACUACCUUGGAGGACAUAAUGGCCUCACAAACUCCAAACAUAGAUAGCAGAAACCCCAUAUCCCCCCGCCGAAUUCGCCGGAACAUUCUCUCCUUUCUAAACCCGAAAUCUCUCCGGUCGCUCAGAAGAGUCAACCGCCGGAUGGACAGCAUCCUUGCAGCAGACAGGCCUAGAAUGUUCAAUGAGAUCCGUUUCCAUUUAGACCUGCGAGCACGCACACCUCUCAACCGCCUAGUGUACAUUGAUGCCCUUGGACGAAUAGGACACCAUGCUCACCGCCUCGUUAUUACAUUCCAUAAUGUCGGCCCCAUAGAGUUCGGAUGCCUCCACCCAGGAGAUCCAACAAGAAAGAGUAGUCUGAAUCCUCUUCCUGCACAGGGGCAUUUCGGCCCGAGCGGGAGUUACAGGCUUGUGGAUCCGGACAUCCCCGUCAUGCCUGGGUUGUUUGAAGACUUGAACCUAGAGUCCAAUCCGGAGGGAUUUUUCAAGAAGGUUUUUGACCGGCUGCCCACGCUUCAGGCCCUCUCUAUCAGGGGUAAUCCAAGCACAGAAUAUCUUUGGGGGAGAACGCUACUUGACGAAGCACUCGUCUACCUGCGCUGUCAACUCGAGGAAUCGCAACACGUACUGAGUGGAUUCGUAGUCCUGAAAACACUCGACUUGCAACUUCCAACACCACUCGCGCUCUGGCACCUACGCUCUUUCCCCGGCUACGGCGAUGGAGGGAACCCACUGCUGGGUAGAGAAGGUGCCUGGUCGAAUGUGCGCAAUCUAAGUCUAACGCUACCACCAGCUAUCAUUGCCGGGAGUCCGGAAAGAGAACUUGUCAUGUCGAAGGGGAUUCACGGCUUCAUCGCCGGGUUCAGUCUCACUCUCUCCAAGUUAAGUAUCGCUGGUGGCACGGGGAAUCCACUGACAUAUGAUCUUGACCCAAGAAUCGGGGGAACGCUUGAACCGAUGAGGCUUCGCCAGAUGAGGGAAUUAAGGCUUAAGAAUAUGAAGAUCGACUGGGGUGAUCUGGAACGAUUCCUGACAGAUCCAAUGAGGGGGUAUUCCGUACUUAAUCUGGAACUUUGGGGAGUUGAAUUUUUUAGGUCAAGUGGAUGGAGAAGGCUAUAUAUGUUUUUUGAGUUGGAGCACCCGGAGAGGAUGUCUAGGCCCGAUAUGCCUCUACAGUUGACGAGGAAGUUGCAGUUGCUUGGCAGGCCAUUAUGAGAUGAGUUUGGGAUGGAAAUCGGCUGUUGAGACAAUGCUGGAACUGUAGAAUACAUCAGUUUUGGUAUUAAAGGUUGGGCUUUGCAUACAAAACAAAGUUGGAGCACACAGGACCCAUCUUCUAUCGGUAUUGGCCAUAAGAUAGACU